AUUUCGUUUUUGUUUUCUUCUUCUGCUCUGUAUUUACAGUUUUUAUUUUUGAAGCAUUUAAUAUUUUAAUUUGCAUUUAAAAAUUAAUAUUUCUCUAUAAAUUUUAAUGAAUUUAUUUAAAAGAAUUGGAAAUAUAAUUUGGAAAAUGGCACCGCGACGAAAACCUAUUGAUUUACCCGAAAAACUUAUCCAGCAAGAGAAAACAAAAGUUGCUCCAAUUCGUGACAUUGAGGAUUUAACUAAAAGCGAAACAACCAAAUCACCUUAUUUUUCUCCUAUCAAAACCAGAAAUCAAAGAGACGUAAUAACCAAAGCGGCAGUCACCGAAUCAGCAACAAGUAAGCUGGAGCCGACAGCAUCACUUGCGAGUCAAGUGCCACCUAUUUCAACGGCGGUGCCGCCGCCAGUUCAGGUUAAGGAUGUUGCUGAAGAAAAACUCCCCAAGAAGGAAAAGCAAACAGCCAAAGAGUCAAAAAGAACAAAAGAAAUUAAAGAGAUUUUUGAAGGACUAAAAAAUCUCCCAGAAAACGAUGGUCCCAUAGAAAUUUUAAAACCUUCGGAUGCCGUACCCUUAGUUCAACCCAAAAUUGUUGCUAAAUCCAAAAAAAUCCCUAAAAUUAAACGAGUUCCCAAAGAAAAAGUAUCACCCAAAGUUUUUAAAAGCAAAUCACUUCCAGAAGAAGAAAACGCUCAAACCUCAAGCUCGCAGGAAGCUCUUAAAAAAGAAGAACCCUUACCAUCGCCUGUUAAAGUAACCAAAAGAAAAUCAAAGGAUACCCCAAAGUCACCAGAAAUCAAACAAGAUAAAUGGGAGCCAAAUAAUUGGACACAAAUCCUGGAGAACAUCAGACACAUGCGUGCGAAUGUUCCCGCUCCGGUCGACACAAUGGGAUGUGAUAGGUAUUCAGAUGAAAAUGCUGAUGAAAAGACCAAGAGGUUCCACGUGCUUUUGGCAUUAAUGCUUUCGAGUCAAACCAAAGAUGAGGUCACACAUGAGGCUAUGAGGCGUUUAAGGACUGAAAGCAAUUGCACGCCUCGAGUGAUUGCCGACAUGGAGACUCAGAAGCUUGAACAACUUCUUUACCCAGUGUCAUUCUAUAAAAACAAAGCAAAGUACCUCAAAAACACAUCACAGAUUCUCAUCGAUCAAUACGAUUCCGACAUCCCCAACGAUAUCAAAGGACUCAUUAAAUUACCAGGAGUUGGACCAAAAAUGGCACAUAUUUGUAUGAAUGCAGCAUGGGACAUAGUCACAGGAAUUGGUGUUGAUGUGCAUGUUCAUCGAAUUUCCAAUCGUCUUGGUUGGGUGCGUCAGGAAACUAAACAACCCGAACAAACACGCAAAGAACUAGAAUCUUGGUUGCCAUCGGAGCAUUGGAAAGAAGUCAAUCAUUUAUUAGUUGGAUUUGGUCAAACUAUUUGCACGCCAACAAAGCCCAAAUGUGGGGAAUGUUUAAAUAAAGCCAUUUGUCCGGCAGCUUUUGCUGUAAAGCCUAAAAAAGUCAAAGCAGAAAAAGUUGUUUUGUAAUAAAGAGUUGUUUCUUUCUUUUUUUUUGCUGUUAUGUAUUUUUAUUUUUAGAGAAAAGUAUUUUGUUUUUACUUUUGUGUAAAAAUCAUCUCACAAUAAUUGCCAUCAAUAAAAAAUCUCAUUUUUUGGAAAAAAAA